AUGGGUGACAGCACGAUGGCCCAGCUCGGUUCGACCGCGCUCAACAACUCGUCGCCUAAGAAGGUUGCAUACUUCUACGAUUCAGAUAUCGGAAACUAUGCCUACGUCACCGGCCACCCCAUGAAGCCUCACAGAAUUCGCCUGGCGCACAGUCUCAUCAUGCAGUACAAUCUAUACCAGAAAAUGGAAAUUUAUCGAGCCAAACCGGCGACAAGAGGCGAAAUGACCCAGUUCCACACCGACGACUACAUUGACUUCCUUCAAAAAGUUACCCCUGAUAACAUGGACAGCUACAUGCGCGAGCAGGGCAAGUACAACGUCGGUGACGAUUGUCCUGUCUUUGAUGGCCUGUUUGAAUUUUGUGGCAUUAGUGCCGGUGGCAGCAUGGAAGGUGCCGCGCGCCUGAACCGACAGAAAUGCGAUAUCGCAAUUAACUGGGCUGGUGGUCUUCACCACGCCAAAAAGUCUGAAGCUAGUGGGUUCUGCUAUGUGAACGAUAUUGUUCUCGGCAUCCUGGAGCUCCUCCGGUUCAAAAAACGUGUGCUGUAUAUCGACAUCGAUGUUCACCACGGUGAUGGUGUGGAAGAGGCAUUCUAUACCACUGAUCGAGUCAUGACCGUUUCCUUCCACAAGUAUGGCGAAUAUUUCCCAGGAACUGGAGAGCUUCGCGACAUUGGUAUUGGCCAGGGCAAGAACUAUGCAGUCAACUUCCCCCUCCGCGACGGUAUCACGGACGAUUCAUACAAGUCGAUCUUCGAGCCAGUGAUCGAAAACGUCAUGAAAUACUUCCAGCCCGAGGCUGUGGUCCUCCAAUGCGGUGGCGAUAGUCUGUCUGGCGACAGGCUGGGCUGCUUCAAUCUGAGCAUGGAUGGCCAUGCCAACUGUGUCAACUAUGUCAAAAGCUUUGGUCUGCCUACCCUGGUCCUAGGUGGAGGAGGUUACACAAUGCGCAAUGUCGCGCGUACCUGGGCAUUUGAGACCGGUGUUUUGGUUGGCCAAAACAUGGAUCGAACCCUUCCUUACAAUGAAUAUUACGAGUACUACGCACCAGAUUUCGAGCUCAACGUAAGGUCUUCAAAUAUGGAAAAUUCCAAUAGCCGGGAGUAUCUUGAAAAGAUCAAGGCCGCCGUCGUCGAUAACCUACGUCAAACUGGACCCGCCCCAUCUGUCCAAAUGCAAGAUGUUCCACGGAAGCCAUUUGGCGGAAUGACUGAUGAGGAGGAAGCUGAGCUCGACGACCUCGAUGAAGACGAAAAUAAAGACGUCCGAAUGUCAGAGCAUCAAUGGGACAAGCAUAUUGAAAACAAGGCCGAAUUUGAGCCCAGCGACGAUGACGAGCACGCUCGUGCCAAUGGGGCCACUCGUGACAGCGGAAACAAGAGAACAUUUACCGAUUAUGGUACAGAGGAGAACUCAGAGUUAGAAGGCAAGCGAAGCAAAAAUGGCGAUGCCGAGGCGAAUGGGGCUGAGAUCGCUGCCGACGAAGGAAACGAUCCAGACGACACCAUCGACGACAUUGCUGUACACGAUCAAUCCGAAAAGGACGCUGUUUCCGAGAAGGAGCAAGCGAAGGAGACAUCGAAGGAGACAUCGAAGGAGACAUCGAAGGAGACAUCGAAGGAGACAUCGAAGGAGACGAUCGAUAGUGAUGGGGAUGUUGGAAUGGCCGACUCGACCACUGCCGAAGAUUCGACCACGAUCAAGAAGGAAGAUGCCGAGCCUGAGGUACUGGAAAAGGCGGCAACAAGCAAUGAACCAGAUGUGACCAAGAAGACAUCAGAUAAAGCAGAGGCUGACAAGCCAUCUGAGGCAGAGGAUAAGGCCAAGGAAGCCGAGACCGCGAAAGAACCAAAGGAGACUGCAGACAAGCCCACAGAUAAGGGUGAGUCUGAGGCUAUGGAAGUUGAUCAACCCAAGGAUGAUGCGGAUAAGGACAAGGAAGAGAAGACGGGUGAUUCCGGAAAGGAGAUCGCGACAUCAGGUAAGGGUGCCGAGGAGGGAAACAAAGAAGAGGAAAAGAAAGACGACGGGAAGUCCUGA